GUAAUAUUUUUGCCAAGAUGAAAAUAGUUGCUCUUCCUGCUCUCUUUACGCUCUUGGCGAUUGGUGCCGUGGCAGCCGAGUAUUCCGACGAUGAUUUCCUGGGUUACUUAGAUUUGUUUAGAAGCCAACACAACCAGAAUAAUGACCAGAAUAAUGCACCACCCGUGGCCAAGUCUCAGGAACAGGACUCCUCUGAAGAGGGUUCGUCUUCGGCUGAAAAUGAAGUUGUCCCCAAAAACAUUAUUCGUCCUUGCCUCACUCAGAAACCUGUCGCACGUCCAAGUCUAACUCCUAGCCGAAUUUCUGGUGCUCGCUUAAGUUUGAUACAACUGUUAAUUCGGGCUCAGUUUCUGCUGCGGAAAGAAUUACGAAAGGCCAAGCAACAGCAAUUCGCCCAGAAGAAGUUAGUUUCGGACCUUGAAAGUUUUAUUAGGAUUCAAUCCCUGCUGAGGACAGUAACACAAAGGAUCGAAUCUGCGAUGCAGGUAAAAUUACACAGGUUGAGAGCAGAACAAGCUCAGAGACUGGAUGAAGAAACAACACCGAUCGCACAGACACCUUCGCAGUCGGCAUCGAAGUCACAGCCGCUGAUACAGCCGAAAACGCUAUCGCAAUCGCAAGUGCCAUCGCAAUCACAGUCACAAUCGCAGCCAAAGUCGCUUGAGGAGUGGGAGUCGUUCAUUCAGUCACUGCCACAGUCCGAGUCGCAGGCCUUUUAUGAGUCGCAGUUGGGGAGGCAGUUCCUGUCGUAUUUGCAGCAGUCAAAGUUGCUGGCGGAGUUGCAGCAGUUAUUGUCGGGGUCGCAAUCCAACAAUUAAGGAGCUUGAUUGAUUUAAUAAAAACAUGUUAAGGACAUUAAUCUAUAAACUGAA